AUAUAAAGACAGCAGGCCAGGCCUGCGUGCUCAGUGAUGGCGUCUGUUCAGUGGUCCUGCCUCAUCUUAGCCCUGCUCUCUGGCUUGGUGAUCCCUGGCUUCCCAGGAAGUCCCUCUCGGCAGCUUGAGAAACGGAGUCUCUCGGAAGGGGAAGUGGAUGGCAUUGAGGUCUACAGUACCAAGAUCAGCUGCAAGGUGACCUCCCGCUUUGCUCACAAUGUCGUCACCACGAGGGCCGUCAACCGGGCAAAUGCCGCCAAGGAGGUUUCCUUCGAUGUGGAGCUACCCAAGACGGCCUUCAUUACAAACUUCACCUUGACCAUCGACUGCGAUACCUACUCUGGGAAUGUCAAGGAGAAGGAAGUCGCCAAGAAGCAAUAUGAGAAGGCCGUGUCCCAGGGCAAGACAGCUGGCUUGGUCAAAGCCUCCGGGAGGAAGCUGGAGAAAUUUACAGUCUCAGUCAAUAUAGCUGCGGGCAGCAAGGUCACCUUCGAGCUGACCUAUGAGGAGCUGCUGAAGAGGCACAAGGGCAAGUAUGAGAUGUACCUGAAGGUCCAGCCCAAGCAACUGGUCCAGCACUUUGAGAUCGAGGCGGACAUCUUUGAGCCCCAGGGCAUCAGCACACUGGACGCUAAGGCCUCAUUCAUCACCAAUGACGUUCUGGGCAGCGCCCUCACCAAGUCUUACUCAGGGAAAAAGGGCCAUGUGUCCUUCAAGCCCAACUUGGACCAACAGCGUACAUGCCCUACCUGUACAGACUCCCUCAUCAACGGAGAUUUCACCAUCACCUACGACGUGAACAGAGAGUCUCCAGCCAAUGUGCAGAUAGUCAAUGGCUACUUUGUGCACUUCUUUGCACCUCAAGGCCUUCCUGUGGUGCCUAAGAACAUAGUCUUCGUGAUUGACAUCAGCGGCUCGAUGCAGGGUCGGAAAAUGGAGCAGACAAAGGAUGCCCUCCUCAAAAUCCUGGAGGAUGUGCAAGAGGAUGACUACCUGAAUUUCAUCCUGUUCAGUGGAGAUGUGACCACUUGGAAAGACCAUUUAGUUCAAGCGACUCCUGAGAACAUCCAGGAGGCCAGGACGUUUGUGAGGAAUAUUCACGAUCAAGGAAUGACCAACAUCAACGAUGGGCUGCUGAGAGGCAUCAGCAUGCUGAACAAAGCCCGAGAGGAGGACAUAGUCCCAGAGAGGAGCACCUCUAUCGUCAUCAUGCUGACCGACGGGGACGCCAAUGUUGGUGAAAGCAGAACCCCCAAAAUUCAGGAGAAUGUGCGGAAUGCCAUUGGGGGCAAGUUCCCCUUAUAUAAUCUGGGCUUUGGCCACAAUCUGAAUUACAACUUCCUGGAAAGCAUGGCCCUGGAGAAUAAUGGGUUUGCCCGGCGCAUUUAUGAGGAUUCUGAUGCCAACUUGCAGUUGCAGGGCUUCUAUGAGGAGGUGGCCAACCCGCUGCUGACAGGUGUGGAGGUGGAGUACCCUGAGAAUGCCAUCCUGGACCUCACCCAGAACACUUACAAGCACUUCUAUGAUGGCUCUGAGAUCGUGGUGGCCGGGCGUCUGGUGGACCAGGACAUGAACAGCUUUACGGCAGACGUGAAGGGCCACGGGGCCAUCAAUGACCUGACCUUCACAGAGGAGGUGGACAUGAAGGACAUGGAGAAGGCCCUGCAGGAGCGGGACUACAUUUUUGGGAACUACAUCGAGCGGCUCUGGGCCUACCUCACCAUUGAGCAACUGCUGGAGAGACGCAAAAACGCCCAGGGUGAUGAGAAGGAGAACCUCACAGCCCAGGCCCUAGACCUGUCCCUCAAGUACCACUUUGUUACUCCACUGACCUCCAUGGUGGUGACCAAGCCUGAGGACAACGAGAACCAGACGGCCAUUGUCGACAAAUCUGGGGAAGGGCCUGUGGAUUCAGUGAUCCCCUCCAUGGCUUACCUGGACAGCUACCAGACUCCUCCAACACCCUACUACUAUGUGGAUGGAGACCCCCACUUCAUCAUCCAAGUCGCGGAGAAAGAUGAUGCCAUCUGCUUCAACAUUGAUGAAGAACCAGGCACAGUACUGCGCCUCGUUCAGGACCCCAUCACAGGCUUCACAGUUAAUGGACAGAUCAUUGGUGAUAAGAGCGGAAGCCCUAACUCCGAGACUAGGAAGACUUACUUUGGCAAACUGGGCAUUGCCAACACUCAGAUGGACUUCCGGAUUGAGGUAACGCCGGAGAAGAUUACUCUGUGGAACGGGGCUGCACAGAGCACUUUCAGCUGGCUGGACACAGUCCAGGUCACACAGGAUGGGUAAGGCCCCACUACUGGAUCUCUAGGGGUGUUAUAGUCUGAGGCUCUAAGGAGGCCUGAGGGAUUUGGAGAAACCUCAGGACA